CUUUCCAAAACAACAUUUUAUCAUCACUCCUAACACACUACCUACCUGUAAAAGUCAAUACAAAAGCAUAAUCUAAAGAAAGAGAAGAAGAAGCAGCAGCAAAUAUGAGCACCACCGGCAAUUGCUAAUUGGAGUUCCAUAUCCGCUGAUCCACUACGUACUUUACGUGAUCAAAAGCAAGAGAAAAACUAACAUGAUGCAUCAAGAACAACAAGUGAGUAAUGGUAACAACAACCCCCUGGUGGCAGUAAAUGUGACACCUGCUGGCACAUCAUCUCCUAACCAUGACUCUUCGAAGACACCAGGAUGGAAAAGGUUCUUUACAUAUGUUGGUCCGGGGUUUCUUGUCUCUUUGGCGUACCUAGAUCCUGGAAAUUUGGAAACUGAUUUGCAAGCUGGGGCGAAUCAUGGUUAUGAGCUGUUGUGGAUCAUAUUUAUUGGACUUAUAUUUGCCCUUCUGAUUCAAUCCUUAGCUGCUAAUCUUGGAGUAUGCACCGGAAAACACCUUGCAGAAAUCUGUAAGGCUGAGUAUCCAUUAUUCAUGAAGUACUGUUUAUGGAUACUAGCUGAGCUUGCUGUAAUAGCAUCAGACAUACCUGAAGUGAUUGGGACUGCAUUUGCUCUUAACAUACUAUUUCAUAUUCCAGUAUGGGGAGGAGUUUUGUUGACGGGAUGUAGCACGCUCUUGUUUUUGGGCCUGCAAAGAUUUGGAGUAAGGAAAUUGGAACUUCUGAUAUCAGUUUUAGUAUUUAUAAUGGCUGGCUGUUUUUUCGGAGAAAUGAAAUACCUAAAACCCCCUGCAUCUGGUGUAGUUGAAGGGGUAUUUAUCCCUAAACUCAAUGGAAAUGGCGCUGUAGCCGACGCUAUUGCCCUCUUAGGAGCUCUAAUCAUGCCUCACAAUCUUUUCCUCCACUCUGCUCUAGUGUUAUCAAGAAAAAUACAUGGUUCUGAGCGUGGUGUCAAUGAUGCAUGCAGAUACUUUCUCGUUGAAAGUGGUUUUGCUUUGUUUGUCGCAUUUCUAAUCAAUAUUGCAGUGAUUUCCGUGUCUGCCACUGUUUGUACUGCCAAAGACAUUACUGCGGAAAAUGUUAAAAGUUGCAGUGAUCUUACCCUUAACUCGGCUUCUUUUCUUCUUAAGAAUGUAUUGGGACGUUCCAGCUCAGUCAUAUAUGCAAUAGCCUUGCUAGCUUCUGGACAAAGUUCUUCUAUAACUGGGACAUAUGCAGGCCAAUUUAUCAUGCAGGGUUUUCUGGACUUAAAGAUGGAGAAAUGGAUUAGGAACUUGUUGACAAGGAUUGUUGCCAUUGCCCCCAGUCUCGUUGUCGCUAUCAUUGGUGGCUCUUCUGGAGUUGGAAGACUUAUCAUCAUUGCCUCUAUGAUUCUUUCUUUUGAAAUCCCGUUUGCUUUAAUACCACUGCUGAAGUUUAGCAGCAGCAGCAUCAAAAUGGGAACUCACAAGAACUCUAUGAUUGUUAUUGUCAUCUCAUGGAUACUAGGCUUGGGCGUCAUUGGUAUAAAAGUCUACUAUCUCAUUACUGCUUUUGUGGGUUGGAUAACUCACAACGGUCUGCCAAAAGUGGCAAACGUUUCCAUUGGGAUUAUAGUGUUUCCGUUAAUGGCACUAUACAUUGUCUCGGUAAUCUAUCUAACAUUCAGAAAAGACAGAGUUAAGACAUUUGUUGAGGUUAAGGAUGACCCAGUAAUGCAAGCCCAUAUGGAAAAAGGAUUUGGAAACGUUGGUCAGGAAGAGUUGAGUAAUGCUCCUUACAGAGAAGUUGGUCAGGUAGAGUUGAGUAAAAUAUAGCAUCAACCUCACAUUGCUUUCAAGUCAUUUUAAUGAAUAAUGAGAAUAAGAUGAUGGCAAAUUCUCAAAAUUAUUAUAGGUUAUAGUAAAAAUUUGUCAUGUUUCUAUAUUAUUGCAUAAGUCCCAAAGUCAAAUGGUCCUCAAGAAAGCUAGAUUGGUUUAAGUCCCAAAGUCAGAUGGUCCUCAAAUAAUAAACAACAGUCCAAGUCAAAGGAACAGGUGAAGAGGAGAUCUUCUGUCCUAUAUCGACCAUUCUUCCUAAGAAUGUUACUUUUGUUCCUUUUCUUCUGUUUUUUCUACCUUGUAAUCAGGAUGAUAAAAUGCAGGACGCACUGUUACAUUCUCUUUUCUUCAUUUUCUGAGUUUUAAAUUAUGCUAAUUGUUUAAACA